AUGGUUGCUGGCUUCAAGGGGACAGCCCUCAAGGGGAGAAACCUCAACUGGGUGAUCACGGCCACGGCGGGCGCUGGGUUCCUCUUGUUCGGCUACGAUCAGGGCGUCAUGUCGGGCCUGUUGACUGGCGAUGCCUUCACAGGCACCUUUCCCGAGAUCGACACGACAGGCAGCGGUCACGGCAGCUCUUCUCUCCAGGGGACCGUCGUGGCCAUCUACGAGAUCGGCUGCUUCUUCGGGGCCAUCUUCUGUCUGCUCAUGGGCGAGCGUCUGGGUCGUCGCCGGUGCAUCAUGUCUGGGUGCGUCGUCCUGAGUGUAGGCGCCAUCCUCCAGGCUACAGCGUAUGGCAUCCCGCAACUCAUCGUUGGCCGCAUCGUCGCCGGCCUCGGCAACGGCAUGAAUACGAGCACGAUCCCCGUGUGGCAUUCCGAGCUCAUGAAGGCCAAGGCCCGUGGCAGGGGGCUCGCCAUCGAGCUAGCAAUCAACAUCUUCGGCGUCAUGCUGGCCUACUGGGUAGACUACGGCAUGUCGUACGUCGACGGUCACUCGCAGUUCCGCUUCCCUCUGGCCCUACAGGUCCUCUUUGCCACCCUCACCUUUACUGGCGUCGUGUUCCUCCCGGAAUCGCCCAGAUGGCUGGUCGCCCACGACCGCCACGACGAAGCCCGUCGUAUCAUGUGGGCUGUGCGGUGCGACGAGGGGCUCACGGGCGAGGACGAUCCCGGACUGAUCCAGAGCCUCGGAGAGAUUCAGGAUGCCAUCCGCGAGGAGCGCGAGGCCGCCGAGACGACCAGCUUCAAGGCCAUGCUGAGAGAUGGCCCCCAGAGGUUCCGCUACCGCACCCUGCUGGGGAUCGGUGGGCAGUUUAUGCAGCAAAUCUCCGGCAUCAACCUCAUCACCUAUUAUGCCCCUGUCAUCUUCCAACAAUCUGUUGGCAUGUCGCACAGCCUGUCGCUGCUCAUCGCAGGCUUCAACGGCGUUGCCUACUUCUUCUCUUCGCUCACACCUAUCUGGAUCAUCGACCGAAUGGGCCGGCGCAAGCUCAUGCUUUUUGCUGCUGCCGGUCAGUGCUUCUGCAUGGCUAUCCUCGCCGGUACCGUCUACGACGGCUCCAAGGCUUCCGGUGUCGUCGCCACCGUCAUGCUCUUCCUCUUCAACUUCUUCUUCGCCGUCGGUCUCUUGGCCAUCCCUUGGCUUCUGCCCGCCGAGUAUGCCCCGUUGGCCAUACGCACGCGUGCUGCCGCCCUCGCUACGGCCUCGAACUGGAUCUUCACAUUCCUCGUUGUCGAGAUCACACCCGUCUCUAUCGGCAACAUCGGAUACCGCACGUACAUUUACUUCUCAAUAUUCAACUUUCUGUUCCUCCCCCUCAUCUAUUUCUUCUACCCCGAGACCCAGCGGCUCUCCCUUGAGCAGAUUGACAAGCUGUUUGAAAGAGGAAAGGUCAUGCUUCGCUGGGACCCUUCAAUGGGCGUUCCAGGGGAGGCUCCUGAGAGGACGGGUCUCGAGAAGUCGGGGAUGAUGGGCCACAUCGAGCGGAGCACUGACCAGAGGGAUAGUUAG